GGGAAAAGGAGGGCCCGAGGGCGCCAGCAGCCAACCGGUCACCGGGACCCGCAGAUGCGCACGGAGUUUCCUCCCUAUUUCCUCUGAACUUCCUGUCAGGAUGCUUUUCUCUGGUGGGCAGUACAGCCCUGUUGGCAGACCUGAAGAGGUUUUACUGAUAUACAAGAUAUUCCUUGUCAUCAUUUGUUUUCAUGUCAUUCUUGUUACAUCCCUGAAAGAAAACGGUAAUUCCAGUUUGUUAUCACCAUCUGCUGAAUCAUCUCUUGUCAGUCUCAUCCCCUACUCCAAUGGUACACCAGAUGCUGCUUCCGAAGUUUUGUCGACUUUAAACAAAACAGGAGUCAAAUCCCAGAGAAAUAUCUGCAAUUUGUCAUCUCUUUGCAAUGACUCAGUGUUUUUUAGAGGUGAGAUAGUGUUUCAACAUGAUGAAGACCACAAUGUUACCCAGAAUCAAGAUAUAACUAAUGGCACCUUCGCUGGAGUCCUGUCUCUAAGUGAACUGAAGCGAUCAGAGCUCAACAAAACUCUACAGACCUUAAGUGAGACUUACUUUAUAGUGUGUGCUACAGCAGAGGCCCAAAGCACGGUAAACUGUACUUUCACAAUAAAACUCAAUGAGACCAUGAAUGUGUGUGCCAUGAUGGUUACUUUCCAAAGUGUACAGAUUUGGCCAAUGGAACAGUGCUGCUGUUCCCCCAGGACUCCCUGCCCUUCCUCACCAGAAGAGUUAGAAAAACUACAGUGUGAACUGCAGGAUCCCAUUGUCUGCCUUGCUGAUCAACUGCAUGGCCCACUGUUAUCGUCUUCCAGCAAGCCUGUGCCAGUUGUACCUCAGGCCACCAUUAUUUCCCAUGUUGCUAGUGACUUCUCUUUGGCUGAACCCCUUGAUCAUGCCCUUAUGACCCCAAGCACACCCUCUCUGACACAAGAAAGUAGCCUUCCAUCUCCCCAGCCUACAAUCUCCCUGACUUCCAGUCCUGCCAAUGACUUGCCUGUUCAAUCUGUAGUGGUCUCUUCUUUGCCUCAAACUGAUCUUUCCCACACCCUGUCACCUGUGCAGUCCUCCAUUCCCUCUCCUACCACACCAGCCCCAUCUGUCCCUGAAGAACUGGUCACCAUCAGCACACCUCCUGGUGAGACAGUUGUCAACACUAGCACUGUUUCUGAUCUGGAAGCCCAAGUAUCCCAGAUGGAGAAAGCUUUGUCUUUGGGUAGCUUAGAGCCUAAUCUUGCAGGCGAAAUGGUAAACCGAGUCAGCAAACUCCUUCACUCUCCACCUGCCUUGCUAGCCCCUCUAGCUCAAAGGUUGCUAAAAGUGGUAGAUGCCAUUGGCUUACAGCUGAAUUUUUCAUCUACAACUAUCAGUCUAACUUCGCCUUCUUUGGCUCUUGCUGUGAUCAAAGUGAAUGCCAGUAAUUUCAAUACCACAACUUUUGCGGCCCAAGACCCAGCAAAUCUCCAGGUUUCUCUGGAAACCCCACCUCCUGAAAAUAGUAUUGGUGCCAUUACUCUGCCCUCAUCGCUGAUGAAUAAUUUGCCAGCUAAUGAUGUAGCAUUGGCUUCAAGGAUUCAGUUCAAUUUCUUUGAAACACCCGCCCUGUUUCAGGAUCCUUCCCUGGAGAACCUCACUCUGAUAAGCUAUGUCAUAUCAUCAAGUGUCACAAACAUGACCAUCAAGAACUUGACAAGAAAUGUGACAGUCGCACUGAAACACAUCAACCCAAGUCCGGAUGACUUAACUGUGAAAUGUGUAUUCUGGGACUUGGGCAGAAAUGGUGGCAGAGGAGGUUGGUCAUCUGAUGGCUGUUCCGUCAAAGACAAGAGGAUGAAUGAAACCAUCUGUACCUGUAGCCAUCUUACAAGUUUUGGCAUCCUAUUGGACCUAUCUCGAACAUCCUUACCACCAAGUCAAAUGAUGGCUCUGACAUUUAUCACAUAUAUUGGCUGUGGGCUUUCAUCAAUUUUUCUGUCAGUUACUCUUGUAACCUACAUCGCCUUUGAAAAGAUCCGGAGGGAUUACCCUUCCAAAAUCCUCAUCCAGCUGUGUGCUGCCCUGCUUCUGCUCAACCUGGUCUUCCUCCUAGACUCCUGGAUUGCACUGUAUAAUACCCGAGGUUUCUGCAUUGCCGUGGCUGUAUUUCUUCACUAUUUUCUCUUGGUCUCAUUCACAUGGAUGGGAUUAGAAGCAUUCCACAUGUACCUAGCGCUGGUCAAGGUGUUUAAUACUUACAUCCGAAAGUACAUCCUUAAAUUCUGCAUUGUUGGCUGGGGCAUACCAGCUGUGGUUGUGUCCAUCGUCCUGACUAUAUCCCCAGAUAACUAUGGGAUUGGAUCUUAUGGAAAAUUCCCCAAUGGCACACCAGAUGACUUUUGCUGGAUCAACAGCAAUGUGGUGUUCUAUAUCACGGUUGUGGGAUAUUUCUGUGUGAUAUUUCUACUGAAUGUCAGCAUGUUCAUCGUGGUCUUGGUUCAGCUCUGUCGAAUUAAAAAGAAGAAGCAGCUGGGAGCCCAGCGCAAAACAAGUAUUCAAGACCUCAGGAGUAUCGCUGGCCUCACAUUUUUACUGGGAAUUACUUGGGGCUUUGCCUUCUUUGCCUGGGGACCAGUUAAUGUCACCUUCAUGUAUCUCUUUGCCAUCUUUAAUACCUUACAAGGGUUUUUCAUAUUCAUCUUUUACUGUGCAGCAAAAGAGAAUGUCAGAAAACAGUGGAGGCGGUAUCUUUGUUGUGGAAAAUUACGGCUGGCUGAAAAUUCUGACUGGAGUAAAACUGCUACUAAUGGUUUAAAGAAGCAGACUGUAAACCAAGGAGUAUCCAGCUCUUCAAAUUCCUUACAGUCAAGCUGUAACUCCACUAACUCCACCACACUCCUAGUGAAUAGUGAUUGCUCAGUGCACGCAAGCGGGAAUGGCAAUGCAUCUACCGAGAGGAAUGGGGUUUCUUUCAGUGUUCAGAAUGGAGACGUGUGCCUUCAUGAUCUCACUGGCAAACAGCACAUGUUUAGUGACAAAGAGGACUCCUGCAAUGGUAAAAGCCGGAUAGCGCUCAGAAGGACUUCGAAGCGGGGAAGCUUACACUUUAUUGAGCAAAUGUGAUUCUCUUCUUCUAAAAUCGAAGCAUGAUGUGGAUGGUGUGAAGUGUCCAGUUUUCCUUUAACACAAUGUGAGAUGUAUGAAAAGCGCUGGUUUUCUAUUCAGCAACCUCGAAAGGAACAUAAGCUAAAUGAGGGCAACCAGUUACUAUCAGAAGAAACCAGGACUGGCUAUGGUUUCUAGACAUUUGCAGUUUGGCUUCUUAUCUCUCAUUUUCAAAGGCAUUGGUGUUAAUAUCACAGAAUAAGAUCCAGGAAAGAAAAAUGAAAGUUUGUUUCCACUCACAUUUUAAAGAGGCUGUUAUCCUUGAUAACAUCCUAAAAAAGAAAGAAAGAAAGAAAGAAAGAAAGAAAGAAAGAAAGAAAGAAAAGAAAGAUGUUUACUUCAGUCUGUUGGUAAGUUUAGUUGUGCAUGCCUUUGUUGUAUAUAAGCUAAAUUCUAGUGACCACAUGUCAAAAAUCUUCUCUCUACCUUUUUUUAUAUUUAUUUUCUACUGUGUAAAUUUAUUCUUUUGUAGAAUCAUGGUUGCGUCGCCUUCUCUAAUGUGAUAACUUACCAGUGACUUCUAAACCUUCUUUAGAAGAUCAUAUAGGAUGUGAAAUUCAGAAACUUCACUGAAAUCAAGAAAUAAUGAUAAAGGCAAACUGAACAAUUAUAAAUAGACAAUUAGCUCAGAAAGUGCCUUUGAGCAAUCAAGAAAAGGUGCCCCCACUGGGCAGACACAGCCUUAUGAGCUUAUGGUUUGGAAAACAGUCCGGCCACAUUUUAACCCUGAUGAUCCUCCUGGGUACCUUAUGCAGGGUUCUCAUGAAGGGUCCUUAUACAGGGUCCUUAUGCAGGGAAUGACUUGUAUGACUAUAUGUGACAUGAAAUAGUGAUACCAAUGGCCAGACUUCAUCCCUAAUGACCAGAUUAUAGAAUCUCUACACCAUGGUUGUUAGAGGCUAAAACUGUAAUCUAAACCAUGUUAGGAAGAUCGUGACGGUAGAAAAGAUACACACUGCCACUUCUCAAAUACCCAGAGCCUUUCAAAAGAGGGGAUGAGAGUAGGGUUACUUUUCCAGAGUGUAUAUAUGGCAAACAAAUUAGGUCUUUAAAAGAUGGCUGCAUGAUACGUUAUUGUUGCAACUGCUACAUUCUGGUCCAGUCAUACUUGUAUGUAUUUUUAAAAACAUGUCGAAUCUUGAAGAGUGUAUAGUGACAAGGGGGAGCAGCUACUGGGAAGAGUGAAUUAUCCUGUGAUAUUGUUGUUUGUAUGUAAUAACAUAUAUCCAAGCCUGAUUGUUCCUACUUCUAGAGGGCCUAUCCUAUUUCUCACCUUUACCAGCUUGAGUGGUGCCUCAAGCAGUGUGAUUAUUAGGAACAUUUCAAAAUCCUUUAGUUAGGUCUUUCACUAAGGCUCCCUUGCAUAUAUUUCAAAUAAAUGUUGUAUCCGAGACUAACCACAGUAGUAACAUCUGUUUCUGUGUGUGCUCACUGUCUUUGCAAAAUUUCUUCUCCAAAUUAUUUAAUUAUUUUGUAUUUAUAUGUUAUGAUUGACAAAACUGUUAAAAAUCAAUAAAAAUCAAUUUGCAGUUAA